UAACAAAUCUAGAGGAGUUAAUAUGAUAAUGGAAAGACUUUCUUUUAAGAGGAUUCUCUUAGUUCUUGAUGAUGUGGAUAAAUGGGUCCAAAUAGAAAAUUUGCUUGGAGGAUGUGAUUGGUUUGCUUCUGGAAGCAAAAUCAUUAUAACAACAAGAGACAAACACUUGGGAGCUACUCUUGGAAAAUGUUUUUCAACGUACGAGGUUAAGGAAUUAGAUCAAGAUGAAGCUCUUGAACUCUUUAGUAUGCAUGCCUUCCAAAGUAAUAAACCCAAAAAAGAUUAUUUGGAACUUGCAAACCAAGUUAUAAAAUAUACCAAGGGACUUCCAUUAGCUCUAGUAAUAAUGGGCGCUGAUUUGUGUGGAAGAUCUAAACCUGAAUGGAAAAGUGCAAUAAAUAAGUAUGAAAAAAUUCCUAUCAAAGAAAUUCAAAAAGUACUCGAAAUAAGUUAUGAAGGAUUGGAUGAAGUUGAACAAGAUAUUUUCCUCGAUAUUGCAUGUUUUUUUAAGGGAUUUCAUAAGAAGUAUGUCAUGGAUGUACUAGAUUCUUGCGAUUUAAAUCCAAUUUAUGGAAUUCAAAAACUUAUUGAUAUGUGUCUAAUAAUUGUUGAUCAAUAUGACAAAUUGUCAAUGCAUGACUUGCUACAACAAAUGGGUAAGGACAUUGUUCGACGGGAAUCACCACAGCUACCUGGAGAGCGUAGUAGACUAUGGCAUUAUGAGGAUGUUCUUGAUGUACUAACUGAAAAUACGGGGUCAAAAAAAGUUCGAGGCAUAAUGAUAUGCUCAGCUGAACCAUCAAAGAUUCAAUUAGAGCCUAAAUGUCUUGAAAAGAUGAAAAAUCUCAAGUUUCUUAUAGCUAGUAAUGUAGAGAUUUGUGCAAAUCUUGAAAAUAUUCCCAACGGAUUAAGGGUGCUUGAUUGGCGUGGAUUUCCUUUAUCUUCCUUACCAUCCAAUUUUCAUCCUCAAAAGCUCACUGUACUUAACAUGCCAGAAAGUAGGGUUAUAUUGUACAAGCUUCUCGAGAGGAUACAAUGUAAAAGCUUGGUAUAUAUGAAUUUCCAAUCCUGUCAAUGCAUUAGGGAAUUGCCUGACUUAUCAAUUGCCACCCCAAACAUAAAGCAAUUGAAUCUUCGUGAAUGUAUGAAAUUAGUCAAGGUUCACGACUCUAAUGGAUGUCUUGAUAAGCUUGAAAGUUGGGACCUUACGGGUUGCAUUGAACUUCAAAUUCUUCCAAGCUGCAUCAAGAUGAAAUCUCUUAAAUUUUUAAUUCUCUAUGAGUGCAAUAGGUUUGAGAGGUUCCCUGAUAUUCCACAAGAAAUGGAAAAUUUAAAGUUCCUAAGUUUGGCAUACACUGCCAUUGGAGAGCUUCCUUCAUCAUUUGGGAAUCUCAUUGGGCUUGAGCGAUUAGAUAUAGGUUCCUAUUUCUAUUCGUGUCAUCUUCCAAGUAGCAUCUAUAAAUUGCAAUAUCUUCGCAAACUCAUUCUUCAUGGCAAUGUCCAAUUUGCAAAGGACGUGGAGAUAGGUAGACAAGCACUAUGCAAUUCUUAUGGUGGCUUUUCAAAAUAUGGUUUUCUGAUGUUGAAUCUUGUAAAAAAUUUGUCUUCUUGUUUCCACCUCUCAAAGAAAUGUUUAUUAUCAGGGAGUGAAAAUUUGAACAUCCGAGAUAGCAUUAUGAGAUUCAAUGGAUUAGAUUUUCUUCUAAUUGAGGAUUCUAUGUUCCUUAAGAAAAUUCCGAAACUUCCAGAAAGUAUAAGAUCUGUGUAUGUGUCAAACUGCAUCUCGUUGAAUUCAAAAUCAUUAGAAAAACUAUUCCUUCAGUUUGGAAGAAAUUUAGAGCUUUCACCAAAUAUGACAUGUUCAGGUGUGAAAGGCAAUUUAUUUGUGGAUUCCCAUUCACAUCAAAUUGAUUACUCUUCCCAGCUCUCCCUCCCCAAGUUCUUCCUAAUUGAAGAAGAGUUACGUUCAAAUCUAGAUGUGUAUCUGAUUGAUUUUGGAGAGAGAUAUAAUAUAAUAGUACCAGAAAAGAAGAUUCCAAAGUGGUUCAACCAUCAAAGUAUUGAAAGCUCCAUAUCAUUCUGGGUUGGUCCAAAAUUUCCAACAUUUGCCUUUUGUAUUGCUUUUCAUCUAGUUCCGUUGAAAGACAGUUAUGCAAAUAAUGAUAAGUGCGGUUCUCUCCGUGAUGAUAUAAUUAGUUGGGUUUGUGUUGUCAACAUUUCCAUCAAUGGUCAUAUGCAACCUUUCAUGCGGCAGCCGAUCUUUCAGGGUUUGAAGUGUGAUCAUUUGUGGUUUUACGGUGUACCUCAAAGCCAAUUGCAGCAGAAAUUUGGAGACUUGUUGCAAGGUGAUCAGAAUCAUGUUAAGGUUUCAUGUAAAAUCUCUCAUUGGACAAGUGAAUUUGGAAAUUUUGCGCCUAUCAUUGCAAGGAUGGGGGCACAUGUGGAAUGCACUUUUCCUCCUCAAAAUGUUGGUGACUACUCUGAGCUUGCACCUUUACUACCUUCUUUCUCCACUUCCAAUGGACUUAGACGCAGGAGAACCUCAACCUCCUCUAAUCACUGAUGACACCAGUUGUCUUUCUUUGAAAUCUGAUUAUAAGCUUCCAAUUGAUAUAGCAAAUUUGGGUUUCAUUUGUGUUCUUCUUCAAUGGGCCAGCCCUCCAUAAAAGAUGACACCAUCUUCAAUCGAUAGUCAACAUUAAAGAAACUGAGAAUCUCUUAAUCAAAUUUCAAAGAAAUAUGCCCCAGGCAUUUAUAUGAUCUUCUCACUUUUGCCUUUAAAUGCAAAAGUCCUUUUCCUUGGAAGGCUAAGGACUUGAAAUAAUGAUAAGUGCGAUUCUCUCUGUAAUGAUAUAAUCAGUUGGGUUUGUGUUGUCAACAUUUCCAUCAAUGGUAAUAUGCAACCUUUCAUGCGGCAGCUGAUCUUUCAGGGUUUGAAGUGUGAUAAUUUGUGGUUUUACGGUGUACUUCAUAGCCAGUUGUAGCAGAAAUUUGGAGAUUUUUUGCAAGGUGAUCAGAAUCAUGUUGAGAUUUCAUGUAAAAUCUCUCAUUGGACAAGUGAAUUCAGAAAAUUUGCACCCGUCAUUGCAAGGAUGGGGGCACAUGUGGAAUGUACUUGUCCUCCUCAAAAUGUUGGUGACAACUCUGAGCUUGCACCUUUAUUACCUCCUUUCACUCCCAAUGGAUUUAGAUGCAGAAGAACCUCAACCUCCUCUAAUCACUGAUGACACCAGUUGUCUUUCUUUGACAUUUGAUUCUAAGCUUCCAAUUGAUAUGGCAAAUUUGGGUUUGAUUUGUAUUCUUCAAUGGGCCAUCCCUCCAUAAAAGAUGACACCAUCUUCAAUCGAUAGCCAACAUUAAAGAAACUGAGAAUCUUUUAAAUCAAAUUUCAAAGAAAUAUGCCCAGGUACUAUUAUUCAAUUGAAAGUUGAAACUGUUUUACUU